GUCCAACCAACGUUGUGUCCAACACUGUGUCUAGUUCACGUCGGACCAAAGCGAAACAACAAAACGACCGCAACGUCAGUGGACCGUUGAGCGGAUUUUUAAUUCCGUUCUAAUCACCGUCGGCCAUGGGGGCAAAACGAAAACCGAAGGCUGCUAACAAGCGCGCUCAGCAAGUUGGCGGGUUCGCACAGACAUCUAUUGCUCGUUCCCGUGUCAUGAGAGAACUAGUACAAGAAAGGUGGGGUGAUAGCCCCAGGAAAGAACUCCGUGUAGUCCUCAAAAGGUUGGAUGAGAGCUUAAUUGGCUUCUCGCGCAUCGCGACGUCGACUCCUCGGAAGAGGACGGCGGCAUCGGUGGCUAGACGCCUCGAUUUUUCAAAGUCCGAGUCGCUUAGUGAGCACGAUCCGCAAACGAAGAGGGAAAAGCUGCGCAAGGCAGAACACAGUACCCCUUCUCGACAAACGAAAGCUGGUUUGAUCCGGCCCACCCUGACUCAUAAAUCGGACGUCGUACGAUCGCGGCAAUAUGACGCGGAUUUCGCGCACCUUGCCAGAGAAGAUCUGUCGUCUAAUGGGGCCUCCGAAGACGACGAUUCCUCGUACCACUUGCCGACCGAGACGGGCACAGAGUCGACGUCGCAUGAGAGCAACAGUGAGUGGGAGGAGUUCACCUCUGAUGGGACAUCCUCCACAACAGAGAUCAGUAAGAGCUCAUCCCGCAGGGUGUCUACCAGGGCAAAGCGCAACGUGAACAGGAGAACGAGCAGCGGCCGCAGACUUCGAUGCCUUAGGGUCCAAAGUUCGGGAAGCGAGUCGGAUAACGUCCAAGCUAAAGCAAGUUGGCAGGCCCGUCCUAGGAGACCAGCGACAGGAAAGCAGCCGUCGAACAGUGAUGACGACAAAGUUGAACGUGAGCAAAAGAAAGCCACAAGCCAAGCCAACCAGAAACUUGCCUCAAGAGAAAAGCCCAGAGUCACAGAAAAGCAGUUCAUUCGGUCACCAAGAGCCAAGUAUGUAGCUAGAAAUUUGGAAAUAGUAAAGCAGGGAAGCAGCAGCAGUGGGGAAGAAUCUAGCUCUGCCGAAUCAACAGAAGACACAGAAUCAAAGUCUAAAGUGGAAACAACCAGGAGAAAACGUACACCUCAACAUAGCUUGAGUACCAGUGACAUGGAUUCUGAACGUUUGCAAGAAAAAGACAUGGCACAAGGUGGUAAAGGGUCACUUCCUGCAAAACGAUACUGCGCUCAGCACGUGACGAAAAAGAGCAAGACUUUUGGCUCGAGAAGGAAGCAUGAGAGCAGCAGUAGCAGCAGUCAAAAGUCUGAAGCGCCAACACAGCCACGAGAUCCCAAAUCGACCCGGUUUGCCGCAGCACAUGGUAGUUACGCAGACAGACGCAAAUCCCUUCGAGCCAGGAGAGAAAACACGCUCUCCUCGCAGUAUUCCUCAGAUUCGUCGGGCGACAGUGACGGUGAACCCAGUCACCUGCAAAGGAAUGCCGUGUUCCGAUCCAGCAAUGCAGACAUUCCGUUAAAACGGCAGGCUGUUAACGGGAGUUGCGUCCGACUAGCAAGAAAGAGCACAAAGGCACUACUCUCGGAGGAGGAAUCUGCAAGCAGUAACAGCUCUGAAGGAUGGUUGGCAGUGCAGUCACUGAGAACAGGAUACAUUCAUGUAAAAGUAAGAAGUCGCGUGGCCAAAAACAAGACCACUCAAAUUGAAGAAGACGAGAUUUCCCACGGUGCUACCACAUCUUCGGAAAGCAGCAGAUAUGACAUUACAUACUCCAAAAGAAGUAAAGUGACAAAACCUCAAUCGAGGCAGCCUACAACAAGAAAGCAACCAAAACUGCAGGCUUCUGUUGUAGGAGUGAAGAAAAAUGGCAAGUCCAGAAGUCCUCUUGUGGCUGGUGGAUCUGGAGAGUCUUCGCAUGACCACUCUAGUGCCUCGCAAAACAGUAGCGACGGUUCAGGCAGCAAUCGGAAAAGUGGCAUUGUUCAACAAUCUACUAGGUGCGUUUCCAGCACACAUCAAGGUCCUAAGAGAAGCCAUGCCCUCCGAAUAAGGCUGACAAAGAAGAAUCCAGUCAAAAGGAAACGGCACCCAAGCAGCAGCAGCAGUCAUAGUACCAAGGAAGGUCUGACAACAGAGUCGGAAAGCUCCCAGAUUAGUUCAGGAGACCCAAGAGCAGAGUCCUUAGCCUCCAAGCAGCGAUCAUCGACAUCUGGGAUUGGCGCCACACAGGAUACAGGAAAUCCUGUGACCAGAAGAAGCUCGAUUAGGACUGAAAGGGACAACAACCUCGCAGCAAGAAAGCAACUGCAGGCUGUCGUCGUCGGACCAAGUAUCAGGCACAGGCUCAGGGGUUCGUCUAUCAUCUCCGGUACCAUGGAUGACAGCAGCAGUAAACUAAAAAACUCCCAGAAAAACAAGGUCACACAAUCUAAAGCAGUCCUUAAUGUGCAGCAAGGUCCCCAAGAGGACUUGGAUAAGCUGAAGGCAGUUACAAGCCCCAGAAAAAAACCUGCAAGGGGCAGCGGCCAUUUUUCCGCUGAAAAAUUGGUAGCAUCAGAGUUGGAGACUGAGGAAGACGAAGUUGGUCUCAGAACCCCACGAGUUCACUCUACGGGCCGUGCACCGAGACCGCUGCAACCUAAGACUGACGUCGUGAAAGUAUCAAAGAAGAAUGUGUCUGGUGGUAGCCCCGUUAGGGCUAAGGACGGUGACAAAUCUUUCCGAGGCUCUUUAAGCGUAUCCGAAGCUGACAGCAAUAGCUCGGGACAUUCGGAAAAGAAAGCUGCAGCUCGGUUUCAGCCCGAGAACCUUCCAGCGAGAAACCGAUUGCGGCAGCGGACUGCCGCACCAAUCAAGAAAGCGCGAGCCACCAGAAGUUCUUCCAAAGCAGCUAGCAGAACAUUUUCACCUGAUUUUUCCGUCCGUAACCUCCGUCGGUAGACCAGGUCACCGAGAGAUGCGGUACCAUCACCGGUGCAAAGACGCAAUCAAAGAUUGUUGUUGGAGGCUGAAGCUCAUUCCCGGGGAUCCCACUGGCCACAUCGACAGCUAGCAAGACGACCGAGGCGGCAAGGUGGCGGCUCGGCGAAAGCCAACGCCUUCUUGAGGCAAGAUAAAGCCACCCUCGGCCACUGCAGCCAUCGUGGCAGGGAAAAGUACCCCCGAGCGCUAGAGGCAACCGUGAAAGGUGGCCGAGGCACCGGCGGCUGCCGCAGCUCCGAGCAACAACAUCCACAGGUCGUCGUCCCCGUCGCGAAAGAGAACGAUCUCCGAUCUCCCGCUUCGGAAGGACCCCUUUGGGAGGCUGCGGAAGAUGACCCAACGCUAGCUGGCAUGAGGACCCCACCCUCCUGCUCGGAUUGGGCAAGAACUCCGGGGGUCAGCCUGUGCGGUGCCACGUCUUUGCCGUUCGGGUGGCGGAGGAGAUUGUGCACGCCAUUCAGAAGCGAACCAGUGUGCCUUGCACCACGUCAACGCCCGAAGUGUUGCCGAAGUCUCGUAGGGUAGCGACAACCAUGUUGUGUGACUCGAUCGAACUGGAAGGAUCAGCUGCAGACCGUGAGAGAAGAAAAACCAUCUCGGCGAUUCGGGUGUGGAGCUCAACCACUUUGCUGAGGAGGGCUCUGCAUUGUAAGUGUCUCGUGUGGUUGGUGUCAGGCAGAAACUCGCUAUUCUCCUUGGUGUCCGCUUUGUGGGUGCCCCUCGUGUUUUCUCGGAAGGACGCCGGAGAAGCUGGGCUACGGCGUAGCCAGACAGGAUCUCAUUUCUCAACAAAAAGAACUUUAUUAAUGGACGUCGUGACCCCCCCCCCCCCCCCCCCCCCCCCGUGGCACAUAGGUGCAUCUUCAAAUUUGCCGGAACACCCUUGUAAUAAUGUGUGCCCUGUACGCCGUCAAGCGAAAUUUGUUUUGGACAUGUUUGUUAAACAUUAAUUCUUUGCUCUGUUUCAUACUUGGUGGCCAAAGCUGCUGGAGCAAGCCUGCGUCUUAAUUUUGUGCUUGACCUCCGCGUGUGCUUGCGCAAAUGAG